UCGUCAUCGUCACCAUCCUCAUCAUCAUCGUCAAAAAUGGCGAUAGCAUAUCUCGCUCGUUGAACCGUUUGUGUAUUGUGUGCACGACGUGUGGUGUUUGUGUGUGUGUAUGCGUAGUGCGUGCAGUUUUAUUUCAUUAGUGUCGUUUUCUCCGGCCCUUUCGUCCCUGCGUGCACCGUCUCGACGAUACUCGUUUUCGCCGCCCCGAAUUCCACAGCUAAACGGCCAGACGUUCGUCAGACGGUUCGCGUUGAUGUGCGCCGGCAGACAUUCUCUGCCCCGGUACGCGUCCAAUGUCGUCUUUACAAUUCAUCGUGCAUCCAGCCCCUGGAACGGACGAUCAGCUCAAUGACAGGUUUAAAGAAGUUUCAGAACGUUUAAAUAGAAGUAUUUUAGGAAAUACAUCUUCUUAUCCUGUGCUAUCAAACAUUAAAUCUCCAAUCAAACAGAUUGUAGUAGGACCAUAUCAUAUUGGCUUAUUAUUUGAAGAUGGACGAGUGGCUCGAAUUCCAUUUACAGUACUUGCUGAAAGAUUGGACUUGUCCAGAUCUACUGGAGAUGCAAAUAAGUUGCCUUCUAAGUCCAGCAGUGGAAAUAGUGGAGGUGGUGGUGGUGGGGGUGGUGGAAAUUUAAGUUCUGCCACUCGUCAUCUCACCCGACGAGCUCGUAUAAUGAGAUCAGGAACAUUCCGUGGAACUUCAAGGUCAUCUGGUAGUGGUGUGAUAAUGAGCAGUGGUUCAUCAAGUGGACGUCCAGUUAUGCCAGCUCAAUUUGUACCAGAAGAACUUGUAGCUCAAGCACAAGUUGUGUUGCAAGGUAAAAGUCGAAAUUUAAUAAUACGUGAACUUCAGAGAACAAACUUGGAUGUGAAUCUGGCUGUCAACAAUCUUUUAUCACGUGAUGAUGAAGAAGGCGAUGGAGAAAUUGAGGAAGUCAAUGGGCCUGGUGGAGACUCUUAUGUUCCUGAAGACUUGAUGUCUUUAUUAGAUGGUGGAGGAUUUCAUUCGGACCAUUCUGUCAUUAUUGAUGCUGAUGCAAUUUUCUCUGAAGAUAUGUUUUCAUAUUCUUCAUCUAGAAGACCCAUGUUGACAUUUCGUAGGAGUGGUGCUAGAAGGUUAGGUGAACGUGAUCGUGUAAGCAAUAGUGCAAAUGACAGUGCAUCUAGUGAUCGUAAUUCAGGACCAAGUGAUAGAGAUAGUUUUACUAGAUGGAGAGAUCGUCAUUGUUAUGGACAGCAACAACAUCGUCAAAGACAACAACAAUGGCUUGAGGGAGCACUACGUGAUUCAUCAUGGGAUAAAGAUACAGACUCUAAAAAGAAGGAUUCUAACGCUGGAUCUUAUGAAUUUUCCGCAGACUCUAAAAAAAAAGAUAAUAAUACUGGCAAUCCUCUGUGGUUGUCAAAUGAUGCAGAAUAUUGGCCAGAACCAAAUGUAAAAUUUAUACAAAUUGCAGCAAUCCAUUCAGAAUUAAUUGCUCUAUCUACUGGAGGACAACUUUAUCAAUGGAAAUGGGAGGAUGCUGAUCCGUAUAAGACUUUAGAUAACAAUGUACAUCAUCCAAAGACAAAUGCUCUUGGAUUAACUAAUGAAAAAGUAGUUCUUCUUUCGGGUACUAUUAUACGAGUUUCUGUUGUAACUGAGUCUAAUAAAGUAGCUACAUGGAUGGAUGAAAGUCUAACUCAUGCUGCUACUGCUUCUAAACUUGAACAUCCAGCUCAGCUUUAUUCUGAAUUUGUUGUUGAUCAUAUAAUUUCUAUUCACACUUGUCCACUCUAUACUCUAGCGCGUUUGGAAAGUGGAGCACUUUAUUGGUGGGGAGUAUUACCAUUUAAUCAAAGACGUAAAAUAUGGGAUAAAUACCGCACUAAAGCUAGAAAACAAAAAACAAACAAUUUAAAUUCUGAUAUUAUUGUUGGAAGCCAAGUUUGUAUGAAAAAUAGUCCACUUUAUCAGCCAGGAGCUAUUGGUAUAACUUUAUACGGCGGUGAACCUAAAAUAGGUCAAUUACUAAAUUCUGCUUGGACAUACGCUGAUGUUUGCAGAUUUCAAAUUUUGACACCACCUCAGAUAUUUCAGUCUCAAAAUAUUAAUAGUAGUUCCUCUAAAUCAUGCUCACCUGUAGAAAAGAGUAAAGAGACUGCUGAUAGAAUUGACAUGCCACCACCUCCUUCUCCUGCAUCAAGUACUUGUAGUGAAACAGGAAGUACUGUUCAAAGUUCAAAGAGAACCAAAAGAGUGACAAUGAAAGGUCUUGAAGAUGAUAAAAACAUUGAAGAAGAUUGGCCAUUAAAAGAUGUCGUAUUUGUUGAAGACCAAAAGAGUUUGCCUAUUGGCCGUGUUGUUCACGUGGACGGUUCAUAUGCUGCGGUUAAGUUCCCUUGUGUUUCAAAAGAUAUUAUAUCUGGAAUAUUUCCUAAAGAUAAAGAUGCAAAUGCAGCUGCAAAUGAUGAUGUGGUGACAAACAUUAUAAAGAUGUUGGACCAAAAUGAAGUCAGAUUAAUGAAAAAAGAUGACUUACAGGUUUGUAAGGUGGCUGUUGCUAGUAAAGUGCCAGAUUGUUUUCAGAGAACACCUAGAAGAAUUAAUAUACCUACUGAUAACGGAAAUCAAAUUCUGACUUUAACUAUUGAUGGCCAAGGUGUACACGCCAUUGUAAAAAAUGGUUCAAAAAUCAGUUAUAUCAAAUUUAAUGUAACUAGUGGGAAAAUUGAGCAAGAUUGUCCUUUUCCGGUUGAUGCUAGUGCUUUAAUAGGAUUGAAUCCUGAUAACAUGCAGAUAAUUUGUACUGCUGAGAGCAAAGAUAAUAUAUGUAUUUUACGUGAUGGUAACCGAACUAUAUACCCUCUGGCUAAAGAUAGUACCGAUUCAAUGAGAGAGCCACAGUGGUUAGAUUUGGGACCUGUUCGUUGUAUGGGUAUUGGUUCAUAUACAGUUACUUCUCCUCACGUAAAAGCUGUGGCGGCCAUCAUAGUAUUGGAUGUAGAACAACAAAUACUUAUGUCCCGUAUACUAAAGCCCAAUCUUGAGUCUGUUAAAAUGUUGAUACAACAGUUAACACUGGAACUUGAUAAUGGAGUCCUCUUGUCGCAGAUUUUGGCAGAGCGAUGUGAUGGUAAUCGCAAUCUUUUACAUGCUUGUGUUUCAGUCUGUGCUCCUAUUUCUAAUAAAGAACUAGAAGAAGGAGAUAGUGUAUCAAAUCAACCAAAUUCUAACGUAGACACUUUGAAUGUUAUUCAAAAGGCAUUCGGGGUACGAUCAUCGUUUAGUUUACGGGAAAUGAUGAGACGAGCUUCAGCUGCUGUUAGAUCAAGUACCACUAAUAACUCAUCUGACUCUGAACCAAUGGAAAUCAAUGAUGAAGCACCACCUCCAGGUACUGUUUCUGAGUCAUGGCAUGAACCAGUUAAUGCAACUACUCAGUCAAACCCUGUCUUACAAAAUGAAGAAGAAACAAUUCAACCAACGCCACCUAUUAACCCAAAUACUGAAAGAAGAAACAAUGCAUUGGCUAUUUUACGACUGCUGUGUGAAUCUCAUGUAUUUUCACCUCAUCUACAGGAUCUAUUAACUGCUAAAGACGCCCAAGGAUUAACUCCAUUUAUGUUGGCGGUGACUGUUAGAGCGUAUCCUGCUGCUAUUAUUUUACUUGAUACUAUUCAUCGUGUGGUUUCCAAAGUAUUACUACCGCCACAUUUAUAUGAAAUGCAAGGCACUACAGUUAUAGAACAAGAACAUGCAAUUAAAAAUGUCAUGAGUGCUUGGAGAUCUUCAGUUGCUGGAACAGGAUCCAAUCCCAGUAGCAAUAAAGGACCUCCAGAAGUAGCUCCUCAACCAGUACCUUUGUUUAAGAAUUCCCCAGCUGGUAAUUUCGAGUUACCACCCUAUUGGUCAUUAUCUUCAUCUGGAUUGCCUCAGUCACAACCCCCACCUCCUCCUCCACCACCACCACCUCCAUCACAACAGCAACAGUCUACUGAUUUUUCUAAAGGGUAUUUCCCUCUCCCACCACCACCACUAGCUAUGCCUUUAUCAAUUUACAAGACACAUACUUGGUAUACUGACAGAACAUUUUUCCGUGAUGGUUAUAAAGAGAGAAUUCUUAAAGCUAAAGAAAUUUUAGCUUCUAUGGUUUAUCCCACUGGCUCAAAUCCAGAUUACAAUCCAUUGCAUGUUAUUUGUUGUAACGAUACUUGUAGUUUUACUUGGACUGGAGCUGAACAUAUUAAUCAGGAUAUAUUUGAAUGUCGUACAUGUGGCCUAACUGGAUCAUUAUGUUGCUGUACUGAGUGUGCUCGGGUUUGUCACCGAGGCCAUGACUGUAAAUUGAAAAGAACAUCUCCUACUGCAUACUGUGAUUGUUGGGAAAAAUGUCGCUGUAAAGCUUUAGUGCAAGGUCAUCAAGCAUCUAGAUCACAGCUACUCAACAGAUUAAUUGAUGAAACUGAUUUAGUGACCCAUUAUAAUUCAAGAGGAGAAAGUAUAUUAUUAUUUUUGGUACAAACUGUUGGUCGUCAAUCAAAUGAACAACGUCAAUAUAGUAGAUCAUCCAGACAACGAGCUGCUUCUCGAAAAACACCAUCAUCCGAUAUUGAAAUGGAUAUGCCAGAUCAUGAUUUAGAACCACCCCGAUUUAGUCGUAAAGCAUUAGAAAGAUUACUAAAUGAUUGGCCUGCAGUAAAAGCUAUGAUAAUGUCUGGUGUAAAAAAUGAUUCCGAAUCCAAAGUACCAACUGACCAACCAUAUUUAAAAAAUCAGUCUGGUACUACAUUCUUGGAUAAGUUUAUGCAUUGUUUACUUUUUAAAUGUAAUGCUGAAGUAAUAACUAGCUCAUUUUUAAUGGUUGAUGCCCUUGUUACAACAAUUGUAAAAGAACUGAAUAAUCCAUUACGCAAUUCAGUUGAAGCCAACUCAAUAGCACGUCGUUUUAUUAGAUCUGUAAUACGUGUAUUUGUUGUUUAUAGUGUUGAAUUAGCGCCUCAAAAUAAUAAACGACGAAUGCUUGGAAAUCUGUCCUCUCCAUUUGCUCGUGCUAGACGUAUUUUUCAAUCAAUGAUGAAACUAUCAAUUGAAGAAUUAUGUGAAACAGCUGAAAGCUUAAUAGCACCUGUUCGGCUUGGUGUAGCAAGACCUACUGCCCCAUUUACAUUGUCUACUAAUUCUAAUCCAGAUAUACAGAGUUAUGAAGAAAUAUUUUUUGUUGAGCCAAUGGCACCAAAUAACAUGAAUUUGUCCGAUCAAAUAGAAGGGGCUAAUGUACAUAGACAAUCCCAAAAUGAUCAACCCCCAAUUGACAUAGAACUAGAAGAUGAAAUGGCAGACAAUAAUGAUGGAGACGGUAGUGAUCCAGAAGAUGUUAUGGGAAGUGUGCUUGACAAUCAUGUUCGAUUGGGACCAAAUGGUAUUUCUGAUUCUAACCAGCAAGGUCCAGUUGACCCAGAAUCUGAUACAGAAGACAUGUUAGUUGAAACAGAUUCAGAUUCUGAUCAAAGUAAUCAAGAUGGUGGAGGUCAAAGAAGCGUUCAAACAGGGGCUACUGCUGGAUCAGAUACUGAUGAUGAAUCAGGAGAGUCUACUCAACAAGAAGAUGGAGAAGAAUCUGAAGCUGGAGAAACUGAUGAAUUGGAUGCCGAAGAAUUCCUUGUGUCUGAAGAUCAAUUAGAAAGAAGAGCUACAACUUCUGGACAAGGACAUAGAACUAAUUUAGCACCACAAUCUAUGCAAUGGGCAAUCAGAAACCGCGAUACUGCCACAAGAACAGCAACAGGGUUUAGAGUUGCUUCUGGAAAUUCAUUAGUGUUCAUAGAUCCUACAUCAUUGAGGAGGUCUGCUGUAGCUGCAGUUAGUAACAGUACCAAUAAUUCUGGUAAUGGAAACAAUAAUGCUGCAGCCGCCGCUGCAGCUGCAGUUGCUUCUGCAGCAGCUGGUCUCAAUGAUUCAAUCACAAUGGCGACUACUGCUUCUAGUUUAGCUAGAGCGUUUGCAGUAGUCAUACGACAAAUUUCUGAUUUAUUAGUUACAACCAUAAAUGAUCCGCCAUCGCUUCCAAUACCCGUGCGCAUAUCAUCACAAGAUACUUGUAGUUUACAGAUAAUAAUUGAAAAGUCACUUAAACCUACUUGGGAUUGGUUAAUGGCAAUAAUGGAUUCAACUGAAGCACAACUUAGGUUUGGUGCUUCACUCACUCAAUCGUCUGAUCCACAACAUCCAAGACAUCCUUUACAUUCAACAACUACAAAUAAUACUACAAAUACAAUACCUACUACAUCGUCUGGAAUAGGUGCAACUAGUAAUAACAAUCAGGCAGUUGAACCUCGACGUGAAUUUAUAUCAUAUUGUUUAUCUCUUAUGCGUGCUCACAGUAAUGAGCAUGGAGAUUCUUUACCAGUAUUGGAUGUUUCUUCUUUAAAACAUGUCGCUUAUGUUUUGGAUGCUUUGGUGUAUUAUAUGAGGGCUGAUACAGCUGCUGUUAAUUGUCAAUCGUUAAAUUCGUUAAAUACAUUAAAUUCGUUAAACUCAUUAAAUACGUUAAGUUCGUCAAGUGCACCUAUUCUUUUACCUGAUCCAACAGAUCCAUCAGAACCUUGGAUUUUAGAGCCACAGGAUGAAAAUGAUAAUGAAGAAAAUGAUGAAGAAAUUAAUACUACUGUACCAACAAUCAGCCAAACAUCUAGUCCAAGAUUUGUAGAUAUGGAUUCUGGAACUAGAGGUCGACGACAUGCAUUUUUCCAACGAUCAGAUUCUACUUUAUGUUUAGGAUGUCCUCCACCAGAUCCAUUUGAAACACCUAUGACUCAAGCCAUGCCAUUGGCUGAUCAACCACAUUUGCUUCAACCUAAUGCGCGCAAAGAAGACAUGUUUGGCUCCCCAAAACUUUCUGCACCUUUAGAUGGAUCAUUGGAAGGUCUGCCAUCAAGGCUUAGUUUAUCCAGUCGUAGCGAUAAUGGAAGUGAACAGUUACCCAAAGAACAUGAAAGAAAAAGACAAGAUACUGAACCAGAAGAUCUCUCUAUCCGUGCUAAUGUAGCUGAAAAAUUGAAUGAAAUUACCGAAUUCUUUGGCCUGGGUGAUGAAUCAGACACUUCUCAACCUGCAAUACCUGAAUCUGACAUGACUAAAAGAGAUCGAGACUUAAUAAUUGUACCAACAAGUACUUUCUCUGAUACUGCAUCACCUAUGCUUCAAAGUGUAAUUGUGAGAGCUCCUUCUGGUGGAACUCCAUCUACUUCUUCAAGUUCAGCACAAGUAAAACCAAAUCCUGAUGUAGACGACAGCCAAAAUUCAUAUUCAAAUAAUGAUACUGUUAAACCUAUGAAUAAGGGAAGCCGUUUAGGAGAGAGUGUAUCCCAUGACUUAUUGUUAGGUCGCUGGCGUUUGACAUUAGAUCUCUUUGGUCGUGUGUUUAUGGAAGAUGUAGGUUUAGAACCUGGGUCUGUUGUAUCUGAACUUGGGGGUUUCCCGGUUAAAGAAGCAAAGUUCCGCAGAGAUAUGGAAAAGUUAAGAAACCAGCAAAAUCGAGAUUUAACACUAUCAAAAUUGGAACGUGAUCGUAAUCAAUUGAUUCUCAUGACUUUCAAAGAAUUAAACAAUCAAUAUAAUUCUUAUCACCGUAGAACAUCUAGUACUCAUCCCUGUCUAGCAGUUAACAGAGUAAAAGUAACAUUUAAAGAUGAACCUGGAGAAGGAUCAGGUGUUGCCAGAUCAUUUUAUACUGCCCUAGCUGAGGCUCUUCUAUCGUGUGAUAAAUUGCCAAACCUUGAAUCAGUCCAAGUUGGUGGUCGAUACUCACAAUAUACUGUUCUUCAACGCUUAAGAAAUCGUGAGCGCACUGAAUCUCCCCGAAUAAGACAUGCUGGUCCUUUAUCACCACGAGUGCCAUCAAGGCGGUCUGAGCGUAAUGACCGUGAACAACGUCGUACACUCUCUGUUGAUGCACGUUCAUUUGUUCCUAAUUCUGGAUCAUCCGAUGCUAAUCCGAAUUCUCAUUUAACUCCUCAUCAACAACAACUUGGGGAACGCUUGUAUCCAAAGGUUGUUCAAAUUAGACCAAGUUUAGCCAGCAAAAUUACGGGAAUGCUUUUAGAGUUAUCACCUGCCCAACUAUUAACACUAUUAGCAUCUGAAGAAGCUUUAAGGAUGCGUGUGAAUGAAGCUAUUGCAUUGCUAAUGCAAACUGUUGAAAUGUCAUCUCUUGUUGAUGUGGCUCAUCCAUUACCUCCUGCUGAUAGUCUUCUUGAAGACGUUGAUUUGUUCUUAAGCCUUUCUGAACAACAGGGUUCUAAGCCUGCUCCACCUGCAAAAGAAAAUAUUGCAGAAGAAAAUGUAACAGAAGAAAAUUUGGAUGAUAACACACCAUUAUUUUAUUGCCCUGGUAAACAAGGAUUUUACUCACCGCGUCAAGGAAAAUCUUCCUACGAACGUCUGAAUGCAUUCAGAAAUACUGGAAGAUUGAUUGGAUUAUGUCUUUUACAAAAUGAAUUAUGCCCAAUGUAUUUUAAUCGCCAUGUUCUUAAAGUGAUACUUGGUAGAUCCAUAAGAUUCCACGAUCUAGCCUUUUUUGAUCCAGUCAUGUAUGAAAGUCUCAGACAACUUGUGUUAGAUGCUGAAUCGAAAGAUAAAGAAUCAUUAUUCUCAACUUUAGAUUUAAAUUUCAGCAUUGAUCUGAGUCAAGAAGAAGGCGGUGGAAGUGUAGAAUUGGUUAGUUGUGGUGUUGAUAUUGAAGUGACUCCCACCAAUGUAUAUGAUUAUGUAAGGAGAUAUGCAGAGUUUAGAAUGUUCAAAACUCAACAGAAAGCAUUCUUUGCAUUGAGAUCUGGAGUAUUUGAUGUGAUUCCUGAAAGUUCGUUGGACGGUUUGACUGCUGAAGAUUUGAGAUUGCUGUUAAAUGGAGUUGGUGAUAUUAAUGUACCUUUGCUAAUUUCGUAUACUAGUUUCAACGAUGAAUCUGGUCUUGCCACUAGCGAUCGUCAAAUAAAAUUUAAGCGUUGGUUGUGGUCUAUUGUUGAUAAAAUGACUCCAUCCGAAAGACAAGAUUUGGUAUAUUUCUGGACCGGAUCACCAGCAUUACCGGCAUCUGAAGAAGGAUUCCAGCCAAUGCCUAGCGUUACCAUGCGUCCUGCUGAUGAUUCACACUUGCCAACUGCAAACACAUGUAUAUCUAGAUUGUAUAUACCACUAUACAGCAGUCGUACUAUACUUAGGCACAAACUAUUGAUUGCCAUAAAAACUAAGCAUUUUGGAUUUGUUUAAAUUUGUGGUUUGUUAUUUUAAAUAUAUGUCAGAGAAAAACUACUAAAACAGAAUAACAAUAAUAAUGUUUUUGACAAGUUUAAAA